GCUGAAAUGGGCUUUAAGCUUAAGUCCGACUAAUGACACCAAUGACGUGCACGACACCUGGAUGAACCUGCAGGAAGCAUAUCAGAACUCCCCACUCUCGUUACCUUUCCAUCCCUUGUCUAAAGUAUAUAAAUGCUGCAUGCUGUUUCUUUGAGAAACCAUUUCACAAGAUCGUUUAGAACGUCAGCCAUCAUGCCUCGUGUUUUCUUCAUCACAGGAACAUCAACCGGCUUUGGCAACCACCUCGUCCAAGAAGUCCUGGACAGAGGUGACAUUGCCGUUGCCACAGCCCGAAAGCCAGAGAGUCUUUCAUUCAAGAACACUACGGACAAGAACUUCCUCGCUGUAAAGCUCGACGUCACCAAAAAAGCAGACAUCGAUUCCGCAUUUAAAGCAGCAGUCGACAAAUUCAAGCGCGUCGAUGUCGUCGUCAACAACGCCGGCUACGGUCUCUCCGGCGUCUUCGAGGAGCUCACGGAGCAGCAAUACCGAACGCAAAUGGAAGUAAACUUCUUCGGGCUAAUCGAGGUGACCAAGAAAGCUCUGGACGUCAUGCGCGAGCAGAAGCCUUCUGGAGGUGUGAUUCAACAAGUAACCAGCAUCGGUGGUCAGCGCGGUGUCCCGACCUUCAGCAUCUACUGUGCGAGCAAGUGGGCCGUGGAGGGCUUCACUGAGGCUCUCAGCCAUGAGCUUAAGCCGGAGUGGAACAUCAAGCUCACCUGUAUUGAGCCGGGUGGAUUCCGGACUGAUUGGGCAGGACGAUCGAUGGCAUUCCCCGAGAAGAGGCACCCCGCGUACGGUCACAUUGAUGCGAAGAAGAACAUGACAACGAGACAUGGAACGCAGGCUGGUGAUCCUCCGAAGGGUGCCAAGGCGAUGUACGAGUUUGCGAUCAUGAAGGAUCCGCCGUUGAGAGCGGUGAUUGGCACAGAUGCGUAUAAGGCGAUUAUGGGGAAGAUCAAGGAUUACGGGGAGCUGUACCCUAAGUAUGAGAAGCUUUCGAAUAGCACAGAUGUUGAUGGGUACAAGGCUCCAAGGUAGAGAAGAAAACCAGAAUAGACUUACGUCGAACCCAAAGACAUACUUCCUCGAAGCCGCGGCA